AUUUCUUUCUCCAGCCUUCAUCAAUUUAAGCAAAAGGUUGCUUGAUGAGUAUGUGGAAUGAUGGAGGAGUUGUGAGAGGGAGGAUAAUGAUCUGAGGCAGAGAUAUCAAUGCUAUGGGGGUGUGUCUGUCAAAGAAUCAAGGGUGCGUGAGAGGGAAGUUGAGCUUUUCCAAGAAGAAGAAGGGGAAAAGAAGAAAUGGACAUAGAAGAAGAGUGUCUUCUCAGUUGUCCAAUGGAUCAUUGGACAAGGUUGAUACUACUGGCUUGUCUGAAUGUUGCUUUGCCAACCCCACUUUCCAAGGAACUAUUGAGGAAGCAUGGUUUGAUUCAGUUGCAGUAUUUGACUCUGAUUGUGAUGAUGACUUCAUGAGUGUUCCUGAUGAUAUGAUAUCACUGAAUGGGACUGAAGCCAAAUGUGGAGUUGCAACUGAUCAUGUGCAGAAACGCGGGGAACUAUCAAAAAGAUAUUCUGCACAUAUCUCUGAGGCUGUCAGGAGUUCAGAUGCUCAAAUUUUGGAUGUAGAUGUCAUGGAUUCUCAAUGUAAACGUCAUGGAAGUAUAAGUGAAAUAAAUGAACCUGUUUUUCUGGAUGAAAUCUCCUCAGUGGAUGCAAGCUCCAAAAAGGAUGAUGGAGUUUUGGACAAAUGUGGGGUCCUUCCAAACAAUUGUUUGUCAUGUCUUUCAUCUACCGAUCAAAGAUCGUCGUCAUCUUCUAGUCCUUCUCAUACAAGGAAGCAGGCUCAUGCAAAACAUUCCUUAAAAUGGAUUUCCUCAAAGACACUUCUACAAAGACCACUCGCUGGUUCUCAGGUACCCUUUUGUCCAAUUGAGAAGAAAAUGCUUGAUUGUUGGUCACAUAUUGACCCGAGCACAUUUAAAGUUCGAGGAGCCAAUUAUUUAAAGGACAAGAAGAAACAAUUUGCUUCAAAGUAUUCUGCAUAUUACCCAUUUGGUGUAGAUGUAUUCUUAUCUCCACAAAAAGUAAACCAUAUAGCUCAGUUUGUGCAACUUCCUGUGAUUAGUUCUUCUGGGAAACUUCCACCCAUACUUGUUGUAAAUGUUCAGAUUCCUCUUUACCCUGCCACAUUUUUUCAAGGUGAAACUGAUGGAGAAGGAAUGAGUUUUGUGUUGUACUUCAAACUUUCUGAAAGUUACUCCAGUGAACUUCCACUGAAUUUUCAAGAAAAUAUAAGAAGAUUGAUGGAUGAUGAAGUUGAAAAGGUAAAGGGUUUCCUCGGAGAUACAACUGUACCCUUCAGAGAAAGGUUGAAAAUAUUGGGGCGGGUUGUGAAUCCAGAAGAUCUUCAUUUGAGUGCAACAGAAGGGAAGCUUAUGCAGACUUACAAUGAGAAACCUCUUCUUUCACGUCCACAACAUGAGUUUUACUCAGGAGAAAAUUACUUUGAGAUUGAUUUGGACAUGCAUAGAUUCAGUUAUAUUUCUAGGAAAGGUUUUGAUGUCUUCUUGGAUAGAUUAAAGAUCUGCAUUCUAGAUUUUGGUCUCACUAUUCAGGGGAACAAAGCAGAGGAGCUGCCAGAGCAGGUUUUAUGUUGUAUUAGGCUAAACGGCAUUGAUUACAUGAAUUACCAGCAACUGGAGAUAACUGAGGAUCCCCUCUAA